UGGCCUCUCCAUAUAGCGUCGUUAGCAGCGCUUAGUUACUGGCAUCGUUCUGUGGUUUUCUCUCGUUUUUGAAUUCCGGGAACCAUACGGUAGAUAUGUGUGACAUCAUAGCGUCUACUUAAUCAUAUGAAUCUGUGACAUCCCCCACUUCAAAAUACAUCGAAAAUGACUCUGUCGACAUCUGACUUCUCUGAAGUUCUUCCCCAGGAGCUUUGUACGAAAGUGUUGACAUAUCUAGAACCUAAAGACCUGGCCAGUUUCUCACAGUGUUGUGUGAAAUGGAGGGAGAUGGCAAAUAUAAAUCCCUUAUGGCUACAUCACUGCAUGGUCAGACACUGGCUCAAGUUUGGUUUGCACACCGACAUUCUCCAUGAAGAAACUCUCUACCCCAAGGCUAGCAAUGUGUCGGGGACCUCGCCUACUUUCAGCCUUCAGAUUCCCAAGGACAGCAAGCUGAGUCCUAUCUGUAAAUGGAAGCACAUAUACAUAAGUGUGUGUCAUCUUCACACCAACUGGGCUCAAGGUCGGUACACAGUGUCCCCCAUAUUCAGAGGUCACAAAGAAAAAGUCACAGCUUUGGAUUGUGACAACCACUGUUUAGUGAGCGGCAGUGAGGACAAGUCGCUGCGUGUGUGGGACAUCCAAUCUACAAGUUGCAUCCAUACAAUCAACUGUCACUCCGACACUGUCACUGCUGUCAAGUUAAAGAAUAACAUGAUAGUGACUGGCUGUGCAGAUAGUAGUAUCCGAGUUUUGAAUUCUUCAUCAGGAAAGCUGUGUUUCUCUCUUCAAGGACACAGUGGAAGCGUAGAUCACAUUCAGCUCUCCGGAGACAAAAUCAUCAGUGCUGGAACUGACCGGACUGUACGAAUCUGGUCAAUCAAGGACAGGAAAUUAAUUUGCAUUUUACGUGGACAUACAGAUGAAAUUGAGUGUUUAUCAAAUUGUGGCAGUUAUGCUGUGACUGGUUCCUGGGAUAAGACACUGAUGUUGUGGAAUGUGGAGAAAGGGAGACUACUCUUCCAGCUCUCUGGUCACACAGAAGUGGUCAGCUGCUGUCAGUUUGACAGUGAGAAGAUUGUGAGUGGGAGUGCAGACAAGGACCUCCGGAUAUGGAGCAUGUCCAGUGGGAAAUGUACACACAUCCUGUCUGGACAUGAUGGAGAAGUUUACUGCCUGGCCUACAACAAGGAAGUGAUAGCAUCAGGAUGUUCAGACAGUGCAGUCAUCAUCUGGAGUCUGUCAGGUGAGCUAUUACACAAGCAACGUCAACACCUUGGCAUCGUCCGAUGUAUCCACCUGAACGAAGACAGGCUGGUUACAGGAGGAGAUCAGAAGAAACUGGUUGUUUGGGAUUACAGAACUGGAAAUGUCUUGAACUGCAUUCACCGUCAGCCCACGUUGCUUCAUCUGAUGAAAGUCAGCGACCUCCGUCUCGUCACAGCUUCACCAGAAAAACCAGGGACUAUAACUGUGCUCAGUUACUGGUGACGUCAUCAUUAUCUGUGACCUUUGCCAAAAAACUACCAAAUUUCGCAUGUGGUAUGCAAAAUUGCGACCUUACAGUUUUGUGUGCAAAACAACUCUCAUUGAAAUGUGCGUGUAAUGAGUUUCAGAUAAGCGGUGAUGUUUGCUGCAGCGAUCGACAAUAAUCUCACCUAGCAAUUAAAAUAACACAGUUAAACUACAAGGAGAUGCAUCCGCUUAUAGACCAGAAAAAUAGACGCCAGACAAAAACGACCAUGUCAUUGUGACCCCAUUGUCGUGAUAAAGGUUUCUUCUUCUUUAUCUGCAGGCAAAGCUGCGUUACGCGUGUGCUUCCAGAAAGCCAAAGAUUUUCCUGAUAUUUUUAAGAAAGAUUUUUACAUGAACCAGUAUUCCCACUCGCCAAAACGUGAUGAUGUCGUGGUACAGAUAAGGUCAACUUGAUAAACGACGGACCAAUAUGCGGCCUUUUUCACUAAGUCAGGUUGCCGAAGGACAGAUAUGUUUCUUUAACGACCGUACAAUCAGACCUGUUCUGUUGUACAUAGUGAAAGUGUCGAGUAUCCUCAUGUCCUUGAGGAAUGGUGGGAUGCAUUUGUCUGUGG